AUGUCUUCCAACGAGUCCAUCCACCCCUCUUCUGAAGACACUCUCAUCGAACAAACACCCUCCACCGAACCCUCCAUUCCUUCGACCCCCGAGAUGUCCAUAAUAGAAGAACGGUCCGUACCAUGGGACACAGACGAAGAACAAGCAGCGCGGGAAGCGGAAGAGGGAUUCAGCGAAUAUCUAGAAGGACUGGACGAGGACGAACGACGACAGGAUGAGAUGAUCAGACUACUCACGGAGGACUUCGACAGACCUUCACCUUCCCACUCUCCCUCUCCACCACCCCUUAUCCACACACCAAGCGAAGGGAUCGUAUUUCCCGACAGAGAAACGUAUCUGACGACUCCCGUCGCCUACAUGAUAGGGCUUAUCGAAGGCACGCCGAACACCGAAUUUGUAUCAGGACCAACUAGACCGGAAAUUCAAAGGGCGUUGGAGAUCCUGGAAGAAGAAAGGAGCUUCGUCCGACACGCACAAUGA